AAUUAGUGAUAAAAUAGGAUGUUAAUAGGGUCGCGUUAAGCGCCAAAAUUCAAAACAUAGUUGGAGUGAUGUAAAUUUAAAAGUAAAAUAUCCAUCUAUUUAGGUUUUAACAAGUAUCGAAGAUCAUACACAUAUCUGUAUAAAAUGUAUGUGUUAUAUUUAUGUUUAUAUGCAUGUGUAGGAAGAAAUUGCAGGUAAACGUGAGUGAAAUAAUUAGGCUGCGCGUUUUGAGGACCUCGUUAAAUUCAAAGCGCGAAUGCGCCAGGGCUCUUUUGCUUAUAUAUGUAUAUAUAUAUCCAAGCGUUGCUUUUUUUCAUAACGCAGUUGAGACUGAGACCUUAUUCCAGUGAGUGCGCCUUUUUAACGUCUUUGAUCAAAUUUAACAUUUGUACAAACUUGUAUUUUUUACAUAUUAUUUAUCAAUUUUAACUUGAACAAACAAAAACGUAUCGAUCCAAAAUUCGCGCCUAAAAAUAUGAAUUGUCGUUGAAUCAUUGUAUUGUAAUUAAAUAAAUCAACAAAUAGAUUGAUUAUUUAAUGAAGAAACAAUGUACAGUGUCACUGUGACUCCAGGAAGAUCUUCCGAGAAACAGAGUACAUCGAGAAGUAAAGAAACCGAAUUGUACAAAAGUAGAAGAAGAGAAUCUGUACCAGUUAGAGUUUUAAAUUAUAUCCGGUCCCAGUUUCAAGCGGAAGGUGUUUCGGAGGGAGAACUUGAAGAACUCGGGGGCGUUUUAGGGGGUUCUGGAGGUGGCACCUUAGCCUUGGGCGGACGCCACAAGCCUGAGGAAUUGGCCACCUUGGCAGCCAACACGAGAUUUUCGAGAAAGGAAAUACAAUUGAUUUAUCGGGGAUUCAAACAAGAGUGUCCUACUGGUUUGGUCGACGAGGAAGCUUUCAAACAAAUCUUCUCGCAAUUUUUUCCACAGGGAGAUGCUAGCCAAUACGCUCAUUACGUGUUCAACACCAUGAAGAGGAAACACUCUGGUAAAAUAAGUUUUGAGGAAUUUUUGACAAUAUUAUCCAAAGUAUCUCGAGGAUCGGUGGAGGAAAAAUUACAAUGGGUUUUUGGAUUAUACGACUUGGACGGUGACGGAUUGAUACGCAAGGAAGAAAUGUUGGAUGUCGUUGGAUCGAUUUACGAGAUGUUGGGUCGUUAUACUCAGCCACAAAUAGUCGAGCCACAUUUGGCAGCACGUGAACACGUCGAUCGUAUAUUUCACCUAAUGGACGCGAAUAAGGAUGGCGUGGUGACUAUCGAGGAAUUGGUGCAAUGGUGUUCUAAAGACGAGCAAUUAUUACGAAGUCUCGAUACUCUUGAUACAGUCUUGUGAGAGUUUCAACCUACUUUCUUAUAUUCUCUAUUAAUUUAUCAAAAGCUUUUUUUUUUUUUCUUUAUUUACUCUAACGAUCGAACAAACAGUUUCAUGAGUUCUAUUUGUGGAAGACGACAAAUCUUUUCAAUUCUUAUUCAAAUCUUUGAUCCCUUUCUUACAAUAUAAAAAAAAAAUAAGCAAUCGUAAUUUUUCACUUAAUUACUGACAUGCAUGAAAAAUAUAUAAAAUAAUAAAAUAAUUAGAAAAUUAAGAGCUUAGAAGGAAAAGAGAAAGAACAAAAAGACAUAAAUGUAUAUUUCGAGAAACCAUUUCGAGAAACCAGGGUGAAGUAUAAACAGGAUCGUUUUAAAGGCUUUUAAAUGACUCAUGAUGAUUUUCAAAGGUUUCCAAGAAACAGCAAGCAACGUCUUUUGAACACACAACAUUCAGUGAAAAUGCAUUGUCAAAGAGCGUUUGUAAAUAUGUAUGUAUCUAACCCUACCUACCCAGUCUUUCAAACCGUGCCACGUGUCAGAUUAGUUACGAUAAUUGACAUUAUCGAAGCUUUAAACGGACACGUUCAAGUAGCGUGUUUCAUAUACUUGUAAUUUUAGUACGAUAUAGGAACAACUAACUACAUUUAAAUCCUUAAACGUAACUUCCACGAUUCACGAUUACCAAUGGCAAUUUACGAUAGAUCCAAUCGAUUUCUUUGAACUUUAAUUUAUUUCUUAAUUAUAUUACAAUUGAUUGAUAUUCAUUUAUCAAGUUUCAGAUAAAUUAUUAUUUAGAUUUGUGCACAUCGAUUUAAAUAACUUGCAAUUUUUGUACUUUUCCAUUGAAAGAUUUGAAAUGACUGUUCCAAUGCAUAAAACCGUAAGAAAAUAAUUAACAGAAAAAGAAGAAACAAUGCGAAAAGGAUUUUGAUAUUUGUAAAAUGAAAAAUACGUCAAGAGUGGAAGUACGUAAAUAUCAAAGCGCUGAGAUUUCGCCGAAGAUAAUGUUACAAUUAGUAAUAAAUGAUGGUCAAACCACACACACACACCCACACACACACACACACACAACACACCUGCACACGUACACAAACAAAACGAUUGAGUAAACGGAAAUUAGAAUUUUUUCGAUGGAACAUUUUUCCUGGGGGCCUUUUUAAAAGUUAGUUAUGCUCGCUAAAAAAAAGAAAUGAAAUGAAAUGAAAUCUUUCAAAGAAAUUCUCCGUGAUUAUACUUAAACGGAUUUUAAAAGGAUAUUUAUCUUUCAUCUAAUUGAUAAGUGAUUUUAUCCAAUAUUAUGAACCAAUUAGCGGGCAUAUGAUUUUAUCCAAAGGAUAAAAAAAAAAAAAAAGACAAACCAAAAAAAAAGGUGAAGAGACAUCUUAACGAAGAAAUUAUCAUUAAAUGUGAGACUACACAUCAUUAGAGAAUAUUUCCAAUGAAGAUUCGUAUUAACGUAAAUUGAUGAUUAUUAAUUGAAAUAUCACGUUGGAUGUCUCACAUUGAAAAUUUGCAAUAUUAAUAAAUAUUAAUAAAUAUAUAUAUAUUGUAUAGUACCUUGGUAGUCUCGACCAAAUGAAUGAAGCGUUAGUUGAAACGAAACUAACGCCUCGUGUGAUUAUCCUGUACCUUAUUAUUUAAUUACAGAUUUUAACAAAUACGAUCUAUUAAUAGAUUAUAAACAAUGUUUAUUAUAUUAUCGACAUAAAUAAUAGUUCUAUCGAUCUACGUCAUGAUCUACGCCAUGAUCUACGCCAUGAUCUACGUAAUAUUCACACUUGUUGUUUCUAAUUGAUUUCGACAAAAUUCUAAAAAAAAAAAAAAAAGACUUCAAUUUUACUAUAGCUUUCAUACGAACAAAUUUCAUAUUAUAUUGCAUUUGUCAAUUUAACUUCAUUUUGUUUCUAUUAUUAAUUUUGUUCUAAAGAAGAAGAAAAAAAAAGGUUCAAAAUAUUUUCUUACAGUGGAAUCAAUUAGAAACACUGUGGCAUAAUUUAUAAUAAACGAUUUGUGAAAUAAUGCGAUGAUACAUGAAAUAUCAAUAAAUAUAUCGCUAAUAUGUUGAACAAAGUUAAAUAAGUUUAUAAGAAUAAGAAGAGAGUUCUAUAUACGAUAUAUUUAAAUAUGCAGGGUAUUUCAAUAUUUUUACUAUUUUUUCCUUCUUUUGCUGACCGAUCCAGAUAAUUGCAUUUGUCUGUCUUUAUUUUUUAUUACAACAUUUGUAACAUUUUUCUUACGCUUAUUCAAAGAUAUAUAAAUAAUUGUUAAUGCUAUUCUAAAUUCGUACAGAUUGGUAAAAAAAAAAAAAAAGAAAAAAAAACUUUUCUAUUGUAAUAUACUUAUCUAUCUUGUAAACAAAACUUAACGUAUAUCCGUUUGUUCGAAAAAAAAAAAAAAA